AUGGUGGUGAUUCAUGCAUGUGCUGGUGGUGUGCUUGCAUUCAUGUGUUUAGGUGCAAGAUGUCGCAUGAAGGCCAGCGCAUGCAUCAACGCCAUCACCUCCCAACCCAUCUCCCCUUUCACCCACAUUUCAUCCCACACAUCUUACUCCCCGUGGUCAUGUGUGGCCUUCCCGGUGCCACAUGGCGUGCCCACACAGCGUGCCCCCAUGCCUCGGCAGGUGCCGAGCAAUUACGAGACGGGCCUCAUCUUCCCCAUCGUGCAGUGCGCUGCUGAGCUGGCAGGUGUGGACUACCACAGCGCUAAUGACGACACCAAGCGCAUGCUCAAUGUCAACCCCUCGCUGCUGGCGCAGGUGUGCCCCACCACCAUGGCCCUGCUUCCGCUUGCCUCUGUUCGCCCUCCACCUUACCCUGCUCAGUUGUUUCUAUUUCUAGGCCGUAGACACUAUGCCGGGUCGGUGCUAGAUGCAUCUCAUCUCAUCUCAUCGCGUUGCGGGUGCACUGACCUCCACACCCUCCUGCACACCUCCGCCGUGCCGGUGCAGGUGAUAGGCGACCAUGCGACGGCGGUGGUGCAUCUCGUGGCGGACGGCGUGUCGCCCUCCAAUCUCAGCCGCGGCUACGUCAUGAUAGCCAUGAGCAAGGACAUCAACAGCAAUGUGAUAGAUCGUGCCGAGGGCGUGGUGGAGGAUCUGCGGUGCAAGGAGCGCCAGUGGGGGAAUGGGGUGAUAGCCAUGAGUGCGGACAUCAACAACAACGUGGGGGAGCGAGUAGAGCGGGUGGUGGAGGAGCUGCAGCGCGAGGAUGAGCGGUUUGUGGGCACGCUGGAGCGCGGCGAGAAGAUGCUCCACCUCCUGCUCUCCCAGGCACUCUCUGCCGCCAUUGAUAGCGCUGCUGAUGAUGCUGCCGCUGACGGUGCUGCUGCAGACGGUGCUGUUGCAGGAAGGGAGGGAGGGGAGGGGGGCGGGAGGCCAACGGGUGCGGUGUUGAGUGGGCGGGAUGCGUUUGUGCUGUACGACAUGUACGGGUUCCCCGUGGAGAUCACGGAGGAGGUAGCGAGAGAGAGGGGCGUGGCCGUGGACAUGGCUGGCUUUAAGCAACAGAUGACGGCACAGAGCAGGCAGUCCGGCGCACAGUGCCAUCAAGCUGGCUUGGGUGGGGCAGCAGCGGACCUGGCAGGGCAGGUGCCCGAGACCGAGUUCGUGGGCUACUCAUCCCUCGCGUCCUCCUCACCCGUGGUGGCGCUCGUGGUGGACUGCAAGGUGGUGGAGCACGCAGCAGCGGGGCAGGCGGUGGAUGUGGUGCUGGCGCGCACUCCCUUCUACGCCGAGGGGGGCGGCCAGAUUGGCGACUGGGGGCACAUGCGCGUGCUGCAGGGCACGCAAGGGGAGGGGGAGGGGGAGGGAGGGAGGGCGGUGGUGCGUGUGAGGGACGUGCAGCGGGCGGGGGGAGGGCUGUGGCUGCACCGGGGGAGGGCGCAGGUGAGGGGUGAGGGAAUGAGGGCGCAGGUGAGGGGUGAGGGAAUGAGGGCGCAGGUGAGGGGUGAGGGAAUGAGGGUGCAGGUGAGAGUGAGCGCAGAGGUGAGGGCUGAGGUCAAAUUAUGGUUCCAUUUUAAGUUCUCACCACAUGCCUCAUCCUCAUCCCUCCGCUCUGCUCCUCCCCGUGUCCCUUUCCCUCCCCUCCUCCAGGCGCACCACACAGCAACACAUCUCUUGCAAGCAGCACUGCGCGAGCAGCUGGGGCCGGACGUGGCGCAGGCGGGCAGUCUGGUGGCAUUCGAUCGCCUGCGCUUCGACUUCCACUUCCCACGCGCCCUCACGCCCAAAGAGCUCGCCACCGUGGAGUCGCGCGUGAACCGGCGGAUCGUCGCUGGCGCUGAUAUCACAGCUGCUGUCAUGCCCAUUGCCGACGCCAAGGCUGCCUGGGCGAUUGCGAUGUUUGGGGAGAAUUACGGUGACGAGGUGUGUGUGGGGGGAAGGGGAAGGGCAGGGAGAGGUUUUCGCAUGUGUGAAGGGGCUGGAGGGGCAUGGGCCGGACCAUCCCCGGUGGGAACCAAGUAUGGUGCUGGCGCCAUCGCGAUGUUUGGAGAGAAGUAUGUGCAUGGUAGUGAGCACGUGAGCCGACUCCAACACACCUAUCCCCCUCGCCCUCUCCUUCCUCCACUAUCCUCGCCCUCUCCUUCCUCCACUACCCUCGCCCUCUCCUUCCUUCAGUAUCCUCGCCCUCUCCUUCCUCCACUAUCCUCGCCCUUACAGGUGCGAGUGAUCGACGUGCCGGGCAUAAGCAUGGAGCUGUGUGGCGGCACGCAUGUCGGCAACACGGCGCACAUCCGCGCCUUCAAGCUGCUCUCCGAGGCGGGCAUGGCAGCGGGUGUGAGGCGCAUUGAGGCUGUGGCGGGGGAGGCAGCGGUGGAACUGCUGCACCAGUGGGACGGCGUCGUGAAGGCAUUCUCCUCCUCCCUCAAGGUUCGUCCAUGCCCGCCCUUUAGAUCCUCACUGCAUACCCACUCGUCUGCUGCGCUGGGAAUGCAGGUGAAGGCAGAGGAGGUGCUGGCGCGAGUGGCAUUGCUGCAGGAGGAGCUGCGAGCCGCCUCUUUCUGCAUGCACUCUCUGGAGAUUCACCACUUGUGCAUCCACCACUUCCCUUCUGUCUCACUUGUGCUCCUUAGUGUGUUGGUGGCGGAGCUGCCGGGGGUGACAUCAGAUGCCCUCAAGUCGGCCGCAGAGAGCCUCGCAGCUCAGUUGUCAGCGAGCAGUGAUGGCGGCAGUAGUGAGGAGGGCAAGGUGGCCAUUGUGGCUCUGCUCAGCCCCGCGGUGAGUGGUAGCUGUCUGCUGUGCGCUCAUGCUCACCUCAUGUUGUUCCUCCGCCACUUCCCACAAUCCCAUCCCUUUAUUCCGUGCAAGCUAGCAGUCUCUGGACUAACACCCACUCAUUCUCGCCAUCCCUUGUCUUGCCUGCUCCCACCCAAUUGUCUGCUUCCUCUCGCUCCACCCACGUGUCCCCCUUUCCCUCCCCGUCGUGUCCCGCAGGUGGUGAAGGCGGGCGUGAAUGUGGGCAAGCUAGCGGGCACCAUGGCACGUGUGUGUGGGGGAGGGGGAGGGGGGCGCCCCAAUGUCACGUAG